CAACAUUUCCAUCUGUCAGUCAUCUGUCAUCAGCCGAUACAAAUGGCAAAUUUUCUAAAAAUACCUUCAUUUUUUCUAAUUAUUUGCCUGUAUAUAUCUAUAUGAUUUAUUUAAUUAUUAGUGAAAAUAUUUUUCCAAUGAUAUAUCUUUAUAGUCUUUAUUGAUAAAAAUAUAUAGUCAAUUUCUAAACGAAGAAUUUCGUGAUAAUAUAUAUGUAUACAGUUUUAUCUAAAUAUUGGAGAUAAUAGUUCAUGACAAUAGAUUUUCAUUAUUGACUUUAAAACAUGUCGGAUGUAGAAGGUGAAGAUGAGUUUCAAGAUGCUCAGGAGAAUUUACCGCAGCUCACAUCUAUGGAUUUGGAAACAGCUUUAAUGGAAUCUAAGCAAGCUAUUCAUUAUUUUUUUAAUAAUGAUUUUGAAAAAGCAAAAAAAAUAAUGGAACCAUGGGCCAAUAGUAGUAUGUAUCAUGCUUUAGGGAACAGUGUCUUUGCAUUUUUGGAAGCAAUACUUACAUUCGAGCACAAAUACAUCGAAAAAGCAUCGGAAUCAUUAAAACAAUGUAUAGCCGUUUGUUCAAGACAACGUAGACAUUCGAGUCUUACACAAAAUAUUGGAAAAAUGGUCAAAAGAACAAAUUACGAUUCCUAUACACUUGAGGAAGUGCAUGCCGAACUGUGCUAUGCAGAAUCUCUUCUAUUGAAGUCGAUGCUUACAUUUGUGGAGGACGAAACACUGGUCAGCUUUGUCAAGGCUGGAUUGAAAAUUCGAACCUGUUUUCUUUCUUACAAGGAAUGUGCAACGAUUUUAAAAACUCGCAAAUGGGAAAAUGAAUCGCAAAAAGCACAUUUUGAAAGUGGUGUUCAAAUGGGGUUGGGUUCUUUUAAUUUGAUGAUAUCAUUGCUGCCAGGAAGGAUAAUAAAAUUACUCGAAUUCAUUGGAUUUUCCGGUGAUAAGAAUUAUGGUUUAUCGGAAUUACAUGCGGGUUACAAUGAUCGAAGAGGAAUUCGUCAAGUAUUGUGUGCAAUGAAUUUGCUCUCGUAUCAUUUAAUUGUUUCUUUUGUAUUAAGUCACACUGACGGCGAUUUAAAUUGGUGUGAAAAUGCCCUUGCACAAGAAUUAAGUCUCUAUCCAAAUGGUGUAUGGUUUUUAUUUUUUAAAGCACGACUCGAAUUUGCACGUGGCAAUUUGGAAGAUUGUGUUCAAUGGUAUAUAAAAUCGUGGAAGAGUCAAGAUUUAUGGCCACAAUUUCAUCAUCUUUGUUUUUGGGAAUUAAUGUGGGCUCAUUCAUUGCAACAACAAUGGGAUCAAUCACUUAAAUAUGCGACAUUACUUGUUAAAGAAUCAAAUUGGUCACGUACUAUUUAUCUUUAUCAACAAGCGGCAAUUAUGAUUAUGAUGAAGAAUGCAUCAAAAGACGACGAACGACAUUCAAUUGAUAGUUUAUUAAUGCAAGCGCCAACAUUUAAACAACGAAUUGCUGGAAAAUCAUUGCCAAUGGAGAAAUUUGUUAUUAAAAAAGUUGAACGUUAUUUUGCACAAAAGAAACAUUUAGUAUUGCCCAUGUAUGAAUUGAUGUUUGUUUGGAAUUUGUUUCGAGUUGCUGGAAAGAGACAGGAUAUUGUUAUGAAAAUGUAUCAGACUAUCGAAGAAGAGGAUAAAAUCUUAAAAAAUGCAUCUAAAACAGAAUUUCAAGUUGACAAUGAAUCCCUUAUUUUAUUAUUGAAAGGAGCAUGUUUAAGGCAAAUGAAACAUCCUUUACAAGCUGAGGAAUGCUUGAAAAAAGUAAUCCAAUCGGAAAAGCAGAUUAGAGAAGACAGUUAUUUACUUCCUUAUGCAGCAGUUGAACUUGCUCUAUUGGCACGAGACCAGGGAAACAUUCAAAAUGCAAUAUCACUCUUAGAAGAUGCCAAGAAAAAUUACACUGGAUAUUCAUUGGAAUCGAGAUUACAUUUUAGAAUACAUGCAGAAUUAAUGGAUCUUUCGGGAAAAUUAUCAACACCAACAUUACCAAAUGUUAAUACCAUGGAUCUAAAUGGUGAUCUUCGUGGUCAGACGAAGCGAGAAAAUUCUGUCAGUGAUAUUAAAUUAAAACACUCAAGUUCUACCAAAUCUUUGAAAAACAAAAUUUUAAACAAUUCAUAGUUUCAUAUUCAAGUUCUCAAUUUUUUUUUUUGCUCACAUAUUACGUAAAAUUCAAUUACUCUAAUUAUUAUUCUUCCUUUUUUUUAUCUUAAAAUUAACUAUUUACAUAAUGAUAAUUUAUUAAUUAUUGAUAUAAUUAAUAAGUUUUUUUAUUGCAUUUUUUAGAAACACACUUUCUUUUUUUCUUUAAUCGAAUUUUGAAUUUCAUAAUCAAAACUUUAAUUUUAGUUUAUGCUUUUUGUUUCGUUAAUCAAAUUAUCGAUUCUUUAAGUACUUUAUAUUGAAUUUUGAAUAGAUUUUUUUUUUCAAAGAAAAAACAUAGUAUUAAAUUAAAAAUACUCUUGCUGUCAAAAGAAAAUUUAAUUUGACAGUCAUACAAUGCCUGUACGUAUAGUAUUUAGAUCGGUAAAGAAAAAGUCCUGGAGAAUUAGAAAUAAUAUUGAAUGUGAUUAUUUGAUUAAUAUUGAGUUUCACAUUUAAAUAAAAAAUAGAAACGUAAAUAAUAAAUUUAAUUAAAAAUCAUAAUUUUAAUUCAAUUAUAAUUAAAUUUAAAUUGUGUCAAAUUAUUUAAUUAUUUUUAUAUCUAAUUUCUCCUGAACUAUUAUUUAAACGAAUUAAAUACUAUACUAUGUACAUAACAUUAAAUAAUACACGAUACCACAAGUAUAGAUAAUACAAAGUACUUUUAAAGUACACAUAAAUUUUGUAGGUUUGUACAUAAUAACGUGAACAUUUCCUUUCGUGCAUUUACGAAAAAAAUGUUAUUAAUUUAUUGAAAAAAAAAAAUGUUGAUUCCAAUAAUUUGUUAUAUGAACAAAAAAAUAUUUUAUAAUAUAAAUAGUAAAAUAUUCAUUUAGUUAAAUAACUGAUUAUAAAUUAAUCAAAUCAUUUUUUUUUUCAAUGCAACAAUAUUUAUAACAAUUUAUUAUGGCUGUUGAUAUACAAUACAAUGACUUGAACAAUUGAAAAACGGUUCUAUUGUAAAUCGUAGAUUAUAUCUGCGAUUAAUUUGAUAAUUAUUAUCAGGUAAUUUUCCUUUUUUUAUAAUAUGCAAAAAAAAAGAAUGUUUAUAAUUUCAGCUAUGAAAGAAUACAGUAAAAUACUUCCAGUGAUUUGAUAAAAACAAUGAAUUAAGAAUUCUAAUUAUUUUCACGAUUUUGCAAUUAAAAAAAAUUUUUUUGUA